AUGAUUUUGGCUGUGGGACUAAGGCACCAGCCAGGAGAGACGAGUUUUGCCCAUCAAUCAAAGGAAAAAGUGAUGCAGUAUCGGCUGCAGCUUCAAUCCGUAAGAAAGGAAUCACUCUCACUGAGAGCAUACUUGAACAAAGUAAAAAGUUGCUGUGAUUUGUUGGGAGCAGCAGGCUGCAAAGUUUUUGAAGGAGAUCAAAUCUUGCACAUUCUUGCUGGAUUGGGAGUUGAUUACAACCGAGUUGUAGUCACAAUCACUUCAAAGUUAGAAGAACUGACUGUGCGAGAAGUUUCUGCACUUUUGACGAGCUUUGAGCGAAGGCUAGAUUCAGCUGUGAAGAAUAGCUCAAUCAACAGAGAAGGCUCCAUCCCAACUGCAAAUCUUGUACAAGCUGAAAAUCAAAGGAGCAACUCAAACAGCAACUUCAGAAAUGGCAGAAACAACUAUAGAGGAAAUGGAGGCAGAUCCUUCAACUUCAGGGGAAGAGGUGGCAGAGCAGGAAGAUCUGGUGGCAAAAUCAUCUGCCAACUUUGCCAAAAGCCAGGCCAUGGUGCUAAUAAAUGUUGGCAUCGUUUUGAGCAAAACUUUGUGCCAACUCCUCCUCAAGUGAGAAAUCCAAAUUUGCAAGGCCAAGGAGGGUUCAAUCGAAUGAAUCCUAUUGCUAAUGUUGUCCAAGCCAGGAACCAGAAUGUUGUUCAACACACUGCUUCACCUCAGUAUGCUCCAUCAUAA